CAUUUGCUUCGGAUGAGUGACGACGAGGACAAGACCAGUCUGCAGACGAUUGCACGUGAUACUGCAAGGGUCCACUGCUGCCUGAGCAAGCCUAACGCCAGGUGCAGCCCCACCGUCAAGCUCGGUGACAUCACCGUUGCUUCAUGGCCUCUCUCGACCGAGACCGUGGCAGCGCUCAUGACCACGUACCCCGAGCGUGUGCCGGCCAAGGACGUCACGAUCCACAACAGUUACCACUUUCUCCGUGGUGAUUUUUUUUGCGAAUGUGACCUGCUCGGCGAGCUGGAUCCCGCGCCAGACGAUUCCAAUUACUUCUCGAUGGCGUACAACACGAGGCUGGCGCAUUUUGCGAUCGACUUGACCGGCGACGCAUCCAAGUUGAAGCCAGCAACCCGACCACCACGCUACACGUUUGCCACGGUUGUCUACUUCUUCCCGUCCAAGUGCGUCGGUGGCGCCGUCACCAUCUCGGACAACGACUGGACGACGACGUUCGAGGCCGUCGACGGGUGCUUUCUCUCGUUCUACAGCACGUGUGCCGUGACGGUGGCGCCCAUCACGUCGGGCCACCGGGCUUGUGCUGUGUAUCACGCUGCGUACGACAUGGAAGAAUCGGGGUGGGACGAUGACAUACCCAAGGCUUGGUACGCGCCGCGGCCGCUACCCUCGAUCCAAUCCCUCCAGGACGUUGCUUGCCAAUACGAUCCGGACGCGUCCAUUGGCGUCGCGAUCGGGCUCGAGACGGACAGUGUAGCGCCGACGUUUGAUUCGCUCACUGGUCGUGACAAGGCGAUCGUCGAUCGGCUGCUGGCCGCUAACGUCUUUGACAUUACCUUUGUGCGGGCGGGCGACGACGACAACGAAGCCAUUCCGGCGCUGCCCGAGACGUUUCAUCCAUCGUGUGCGACCCCGGCGCUCGUUCAAGAGGUUUGCCACCAGUCGCCAGUCAGCGAGUUUGCAGCCGACACGGACGAGUACGAGUCGCCCGGCUGCUUUCUCCUCGUGUGGCCCAAAGCGGCGCGCGUGCACAUCCUCGGCUACAGCCGCUUGAUGUCGGUCGUGCGUGCCAACUUGGACGGUGGUGUGGUCGACGACCUCGGCUACGGGUCGCUCGACCGUGUUUUUACAGCGGCCUUCCGGUACUUUUACCCGCACCCCCGGGGCAACUUUGGUCCGGAUCCCGACCAAAUCACGUCCGCGAUGGCGUCUCUGCUCUUCGACCACGGUGACGUGGAGCUCAUCGAGGCGUUUCUGGACGUACACCAUCAGUGGGCCGACGACGAGGACAUGGCAAAGUGGAUUGUUGCGGUGGCUCGACGCUUUGGCGCUGCUCGUUUUCAGCACCGACUUCAAACGGCCGACAUCACGAUCGAAUUCGCUGCUCAUUUGAUGCACCUCGCGACCACCGGCGACGCCGUCGCGCACUCGAUCGCGAGCGUCUGCAUCCCGCUGUGGUGGCCACGUCUCUUAUCCAACCUCCACAAGACCCUCCGCGACAAGCCCCAGCAAGUCCGCCGCAUGUUUGACGUCGAAACGUACAUGCUGACGCAUCCCAUCGACACGGCGGCAUCGACGUAUCUUGGUCGGCACCUGCCUGAGGCUCUCACGCACAAGGUAACCGCGUACCUCGUCGCACCGCCCGUGUCGCUUGCGAAUGCAUUGCGAGGCUCUGUUCACCUCGCUGGCUACCUCCCUGCUGCCCUGUGGCCGCAUCGAAACACGCUAAGUCGUGCGCGCGCGGUAUCGUGCGUUGCGGUGGCGACCGAGUAUUUGUGUCAUCCUGAAGUGCGCACCCACAUCUCGACCGGUCAUUUGCCGAGCCUCGUGUACCUAGCGCUGCUCACGGUCGGGACGCCAGCCUUUGCGCAAGUCGACGCUGCCGUGCAAAAACAGCGGCGCUAUACUGUGUUUGUAUCCGAGUGUGCAGCGCUGGACACGGCAUCAUUGAGUACGAUGCAAGCGCUCGUUUUGGACGAGUACAUGCAGCCUCUGCAACGUCCCACGUAGAAAAGGUUUCGAAACGAACCAGCGUUGUUGAAGGCGACGUCUAUCGCAGGCAUGAGAGAAUUCUGUAAUACAAGAUUGUGCA